AUGUCGAUUCGGCUUUUCGCUUUCUGCGCCUACUAUCGCUUCGCACUAGGAUGUAUGCGAGCGCGUGAAAUCCAGUUCCUGCUCCCUCCAUCAGUCACAACUUACGAGAAAUGGAUUGCCAAAAAGAUCAAGAGACACCCGGAGCUCGCAGAUAAACUGCAAAAGAACAUUGAGAUGCUUCCAGCUAACGACGGCUCAAUCAUGUGGAUCGGCAACAGGCAAAAGGCAACAAAAUUUGUUUUGUUCUUUCAUGGAGGCGGAUACGUCGUGCCCCUACUCCCUGGCCAUCUCGAAUGGUGCUGGGAAGCAUACGUCAACGGCGGUCCAGGAGCUCACGCGGAGGUGGCAGUCGCCGUGCUCCAGUACACGCUCGUUCCUGAAGCGCGGUACCCUACUCAGCUUCAGCAAGCCAUCGCAGCUCUCAAUCAACUCAUUUCAUCGGGAGUUAAGCCCCGGGACCUCAUCAUCGGUGGCGAUUCCGCUGGAGGCAACCUGGCUUGUUCGGUCAUUCGUCACAUCUGUCACCCAUGUCACCUCGAGAUCCCGGCGUUGAGACUCGAGACCCCUCUUGCGGGCACCUUCCUUGUGUCGCCAUGGCUCAGCAGCAAGACAACGGCCCCUGCUUUCAGAGAGAACAACUAUGUCGACAUGAUCACAACCAAGUGCAUGUUCCGCGCCACAGCCGAGCUCCUUCACCCACGAUUUCCCGUCAGGAGCAAGUCUGACGAGAGUGAUCUUGCCAUGGCAAUGCCAAUGGAUGGCGAUAUGGCGUGGGUUGAUGAGAUAUCGUUGGCGACUACGAGCCUCUACGUCACUGGAGGCCAGCAAGAGGCUUUCAGAGAUGAUAUCAGGUCCUUCUCGGAGCAUGUCAGUUGUGGAAACAAUGACUUGGAUCUGCUUCUUGAGCUGUCAGAGCACGAAGCUCACGACUUCAUUCUGCUUGAGGGAAAGACUGGACGGGUUGGAGAUGCGACGAUUCGAAUGAGGAACUGGGCAGCGGCGCAGCUGGGGACGGGGCGCGCGUCGGUAUGA